ACGUGGUAUAAGGGAGUCCAGCUGACUCGUUAUGAGAAAGGAUAUCAACGGUCACAGAAAAAUUUGUUAGAUAGCCAGGUGGAUGACAGUUUGAUGCACGACGGCCUAUACACAACCUGGAGGUUUCGGAUGAUUAGCUACUUGUGACGCGGAGCAUGAUGUAAAAGCCAACCUCUCAGAGAUCUCAUAGACCGAGCCAAAGCGACCAAGCUUGGACCGAGGCUGGCAUAUCAUUUUCAUAACGAACUAUCACUGUCCUUACUUUGAAAGCAAAUCAUGCCUGUACGUCGGGUCGACCCAACUCAGCAGCCUCCAGGCUUCUUCCUACGUUUCUGGCUUUUCCUCGUCAAACUCGCCCACUCAUUCGCAGGCUUGUUCAAGUCAAAGGUUCCUUCUACAACAUUGCCAACGCCGGUGACAGCGGGAAGCCAGACCGCCCAUCACAAACCGUCCGUUCCCAGACGACUCGAGCUAAUGAAUACCAAGAAAAAAGGGCUUUCAAGUCAGUCUCAGGCAAUGCAUACUAUGGGAGCAGAAAUCCACCAAGGUAUCCUUUAUCAUGAUGGUACCGGUAAUCAGAACCAAGACUUGCGAACCAAGAAACAUGCAACCUCCUCGUUUUCCGGUUUCAUCGGAGGAACGGUUUCCCCUAGUCGUGUAUCCGAGGGUGUCGCUCUUCGUACACCGACUUCGCUCCGCAGUUUUGUCCAGCCUUUAGAUCGGGACUUGAGACGUUGCAACAGCAUCACGCCUGUUGUAGCCGAGAUAUGGAGCCCAGCUUUGGUAUCGAGCAGCCCUUUUCCACCCCGAAGGCUUUCAUUGCGUAUCACUUCCAUCACAAACAGUUCGGUUCUGGGCUUGAGCCCAGCGAACCCUCGUUUAGCCAAUAUGCCUCGUUCAAUUGGUCCCCGUCUUCGCAUCUCUUCGUCAGCGAGAUUCACACAAGUGAGCGCAUCUGAGUCAGUUCAUAGCGUCAGCGCAUCCCCGUUCGCAGUCCGACGUGGGUUCUCAGGAGCAUCUGUGAAGAUUCCUCCCCCCUCGAUCCGUCUUGAAUCUCCUUGGAGUCCCUCAGACAAGACGCUACCUCAUGAUGUGUGGAUGAAUUCAGAAGGCGUCUUAGCCAACGUUCAAGGUCCUGUCUACGUCUCACUCAAUACUACAAAAUCUUCCCAAGAUGAUGCUGUAGUCCUCCAACAUAGACCUUAUACGACGCUUCCAUGUGCUCCGUCUUCUCGGUUCUCGGACGACGAAGACGACUUUAUAUCCAUGUAUUCGAAUAUCUUCGACCUCCCGGAAGAAGAGAAAUAUGAAGAAGAAGGAUCCAGCAAAGGCACAUCUCAAGGUGACUCCUUCGAUGUCAAUGGUGCAGACAAGGGCUCCCCUCCCAGCGGAGCAGCAGCGGUUUUGGUGACGACAACUCCUGUCGAUGACUCUGCUGUUAUCGAACAUGAUACUUCCCAAAAUUCUCCGCAGGAUGUUGAAUUCGAGGACUUGGACAAGAGUGACAUGUCGUCCGAACUCGAAGAGGGCUUCUUCUGUGUCAUCUCUCAGUCAAAGUUUGAUCUGACCUCGGAUGACCAUACGUCUGGUCUCACCUACAUCCCUUCUUCGAAGCAUCGAGAAGUGCAUUCGCUCAGCAUUGCAACCGAGCCUGUUGAUCACCCUGAUCGCGCCACCAAACGUUUCUCGGUUCCAUGCCUCCAUUCCACUCGGGAAUUUGAUCAGAGCUCGCUUCGCACCUCGACCUCGGACUCUUCCCCUUCCAAACAUUUUCCCGCCGCAGACAGCAGGAGUUUGAGAGCACUCGCUGACCUUAUCUCUUUACUGGAUUUUUCUGCGAUGCAGGCUGCGGAGACUACUGGCGUUCCUGAGAUCCUCUCAACUCUGUUCGAUCCGAUUAUUCUGAAAUCUGAAACGUUAUGGAGGAGUCUAGGUCUUUUUUUUUUUUCGUUUCAGGUCAUCAUUUGAAUUAAGACGAGGUAGUCACAAACGGUCGCAAUUCAUCUCACUAGUUGGUGCGUUUGAUAUACCAUGUACUUAUAGCACAACACUGUGUUUCCAAACGCGAC